AUGUUUUUGUUGAACAGAUAUAUUUCACUGGUUUCCUACAACUUUUUACAGAUCUCUCAGACCAAGAAGGUUGCCUUGAUCACUGGCAAGGCUAAGUCUCAGGUUACUACUGAAGAUGUUCCUGAUGAACUCCUGGAGAAGACAGAGAAAAAGUCUGAGGAGAAGGGAUCCCUGGCUGCUGUCUCUGAAAGUCUUUUCCUGGCCUUACUGCCUCCUGAAGCCAUACAGCUUGUGGCAACUGGACACAUCACUGAUGUCCGUGCUGAAAAAGCUCUGGUGAAGGCUGAAGCCAAGGAGCUGGUGAUGGCUGGCCUGAAGACUGCAGCUUCCAAAGUUGUGGAGGACCUCAUAGCAGCAGCCAAUGAAAUGGUUGGCAUGGAUACUCCCCGGGAUACUGAGAUCUCUCAGACCAAGAAGGUUGCCCUCAUCACUGGCAAGGCUAAGUCUAAGGUUACUACUGAGGAUGUUCCUGAUGAACUCCUGGAGAAGACAGAGAAGAAGUCUGAGGAGAAGGGAUCCAUGGCUUCUGUCACUGAAAGUCUUUCCCUGGCCAUACUGCCUCCUGAAGCCAUACAGCUUGUGGCAACUGGACACAUGGCGGAUGUCCGUGCUGAAAAAGCUCUGGUGAAGGCCGAAGCCAAGGAUUUGGUUAUGGACAGCCUGAACACUGCAGCUUGCAAAGUUGUGGAGGACCUCAUAGCAGCAGCCAAUGAAAUGGUUGGCAUGGAUACUCCCCUGGAUACUGAGAUCUCUCAGACCAAGAAGGUUGCCUUGAUCACUGGCAAGGCUAAGUCUCAGGUUACUACUGACGAUGUUCAUGAUGAACUCCUGGAGAAGACAGAGAAGAAGUCUGAGGAGAAGGCAUCCCUGGCUGCUGUCUCCAAAAGUCUUUCCCUGGCCUUACUGCCUCCUGAAGCCAUACAGCUUGUGGCAACUGGACACAUUGCUGAUGUCCGUGCUGAAAAAGCCUUCAUGAAGGCUGAAGCCAAGGAGCUGGUGAUGGACAGCCUGAAGACUGCAGCUUCCAAAGUUGUGGAGGACCUCAUAGCAGCUGCAGUAGAGAAGGUUCACAUGACCACUCCCCUGGAUACCCAGACCUCUCAGACCCGGAAGGUGGCCCUCAUCAAUGGGAAGUCUGAAAUUGCUGCUGAGGAUGUUCUUAAUGAACUCCUGGACAAGGUUGUGAAAGAGUCUGAGAAGAGGAGAUCCCUGGCCCUGAUCUCUGUCUCUGACUGCCCUCUCUUGGCCACACAGCUUCCUCAGCUCACCGAUCUUGUUCCUGAGAAGUGCAGUGGAGAGGCUGCCAAGUGUGCUGCAGAUGAAGACAGACAGGUGAAGAAGAAGAAGAAGAAGGGAAUCCAUGCAUUCUUCAGAGGGCUUUGGAAGAGGAUGAUAUGUUCCUCUGGAAUCCCCAAGGAGGACUGAGGCCCUGUCACCUAGGAGUGUCUGUGCCCCUACAAGCAGCACACAAAGUAUAUUUUGAAUCCAAAAUAAAACACGUAUUGGCAUUUCCAAAAAGUUGUGAUCCAUGCAGAUAUGUGUACACAGGUCAAAAAGUACUGGAGCUAAAUGUGUAGUGGGCUCCAGGAUUGUAAAUGAAUCUUACAUCAUGAACAUACUCUACAGUUUAUUUAAACU